AAUGUGUGAAAGGUCCUGAUCCCUGAUCAGAAGGAGUGGCUUUAAAGUCAGCUGUGGGCCUGUGCUUGGUGUCUGUAUUCAGGUUCAGUCGCAAGUAUCACUCAGAAAGGACUGCCACGGAGCAUAAAGCUGAAGCAGAAUCAGUGCACGUUAGUCUUCCACACAGCAUGGCGUAUAUUAUUGAUGUCCCUUCACAACCUGUCUACAUUGAACAAGCUCCACCUCCACCUCCACAUGUCAUCAUCGAACGAGCUUCAAAUCCUGGAGUUGUCCAGGGUCCUGUGGUUGUUGCUUCUCCUAUGAGAUCUACUCCCACACAAACGAGGUGUCGUUUAUGCCAGCAGCAGGUUGUUACAAUGACUGAACCCGUCAAUGGACUCCUCACCUGGAUCAUUUUUGCGGUACUCUUUAUCUUUUGCAUCUGGCCCUUCUGCUUGAUUCCUUUUUGCGUGUCGUCCUGCAGGAACAUCAAACACACCUGCCCCAGCUGCAACAAUGUCAUCUACGUCUACAAACGGAUGUGAGAUGUUUCACAAAGUAAAACCUGGAGAACAUCAUUAAACCAAUAAAAGGCUGUCAUUUACAAAAUAAUAA